CUCUGGCGCAGGCAGGAACCAGACAGACCUGUGUGACGGACUCGGGUGAUCAUCGCUGUGCCUGUCUCGCGCGCAGUGUUCUUUUUCCAAGCCAUUUAGAUCAGUUCCUGGACAAGGGUGUUUGGACAGCAUAACCACAGAAGAUGGCGGCGACGCGGUGCUUAAAACUGCAGAAAAGCCAGCUGCCUCUGUAUAAGAAUUCUUUGCAGCUGCUGGUCUUUCAAAGAGGUUUUGCAGAGAAAGGUGACAAGAACUGGUUCCGAUCUCUAUUUGUGCACAAAGUGGAGGCCAGGAAAGAUGCCCAUUCCAACCUCCUGUCUAAGAAAGAAACAAGCAACUUGUAUAAAAUUCAAUUUCACAAUGUGAAGCCGGAGUGUCUGGAAGCCUAUAACAGCCUGUCAGCGGAGGUGCAGACUCGACUCCACUGCGACAAGGACUAUCCCUGUGAAGUUAUAGGAAGUUGGAACACCUGGUACGGCGAGCAAGACCAGGCUGUGCACCUGUGGCGGUACUCCGGGGGCUACCCGGCCUUGACUGAAUGUCUCAAUAAACUCAAGCAGAAUAAGGAGUACCUGGAGUUCCGCCAGGAGCGGAGCAAAAUGCUGAUCUCGCGCCGGAACCAGCUGCUCCUGGAGUUCAGCUUCUGGAACGAGCCGGCGCCCCGGAGCGGACCCAACGUCUACGAGAUGCGCAGCUACAGGCUAAAGCCCGGGACAAUGAUUGAAUGGGGAAAUCACUGGGCCAGAGCUAUCAAGCAUCGGCAAGAAAACCGGGAGGCAGUCGGCGGCUUCUUCUCUCAGAUCGGGGACUUGUACGUCGUCCACCACUUGUGGGCCUAUAAGGACCUGCAGUCCAGGGAUGAAACCCGGAGCGCCGCCUGGCAGAAGGACGGCUGGGAUUCUGCCGUGUAUUACACCGUGCCUUUGAUCCGGAGCAUGGAGUCCAGAAUCAUGAUCCCCGCAAAGAACUCUCCUCUACAGUAAACUGCAGCAACCUGGACCUCCACUCUCACUCACUCACCAAAAAAAAAAAAAA